UGUGUUAUGGUUGCCGACCGUGCAACUACGAUCAGUCGGUGUACGAUAAACGGUUUCUCAGGUGUGCAACUUCCGGUUUGCAGUUUCCGGGACAGGGCAAAUUAAUGAGACAUAUGUUAAACAACUGGAACAAGCAAUUCUACUAUCAAAUUUGGACUGUACAAAAUACUUUUGCAAUAUAAUUAAUCAUAAAACCUAAAGAGCAAAUGAUAUCAAGCAAAAGAACCAUUCUUGAAAGGGCGGUUUUCCAGCUAAACGCUCAUCAUAAUUAAAGGAUGGAUUAAUUGAUUUGAAACGAGAACAAAUUUGUUAAAAGUUAAUUGUCCAGACCAUACCGGAGAAUUGGAUCAGACAUCAGAACCAUAAAGUUUGCUUCCCUUCCACACAUUUAAAACCAGAAGGAUUGGUUUGAUUAAUUGGUUUAUGGUUCAGACAUUUAGAACCACAAAACAGUGCCAGUGUUAAUCAGCCAUGCCAUUGUACGUCCAAGGAAAAAAGCUUACCCAGAUACAAGACUCAGUGACAGAUUUCUUUGAAGAGUUUCCUCAUUUUAAAGAAAAUGGUAAAGAACUGUGUUCUCAGACAAAGAAGGUUAUUCAACCCCAGGGUUUACUCUAUGUGGACCAAAGAGAAUAUGCAGCAGUUACACCUAAUGAUACAUGUAUAAAGACACUGGGCAGUGACGAUGCUACAACAUGCCACAUCGUGGUGAUGCGUCAUUCUGUCACCAAGGUGACUUGUCUUGGACAUUUAGAUGGCUCUGGUACAGAGGCUGGACUUCGGGAAAUGAUGGAUCUUGUCAUAAGACUCUCUGACCAUACUACAGAGGGAAGGGUAGAAGUCCAUAUGAUUGGAGGCUUCAAAGACAGCAGAAAUCUCUCAGCUCAACUUUCCAUUGAAAUACUAAAGACAUUCCAUGAGAUGAAUGAAGAUGUUUAUCUUGAGACUGCUUGUAUAACAGAUGUGAAUAAUGUGACUAAAGAUGCGUUAGAAUUCCCAGUCAUAUAUGGAAUAGCUGUAACCAUUGAGAAUGGAAAUAUUACCCCAGCGACAAUAAGUGAGCGGGGCCCAGAUCAACCACUCAGGGGGGCAUUCCAUACCCCAGGGAAUGAAAAGAUGCUGAAUAUAUAUGACAAUGAGAAUGAGCAAUUGACCAUAGGACCAUUUGAUUAUGACCCAUUUGAGAACUUGGAUUUAUGGGUCAGAUUGCCAGACCACUAUAUUAGACAGUACCUCUCAACGUCUCCUGAACAAGAACCAGAACAUUUUGUUGCAAAUGUACGACGAACAUUAUGCUUUAUACACGAUAAUCCAAAACCCCUAGAAACAAUAUUCAAAGAUGGGAAACCCCGUAGAUUUAAAAUUCAAGAGGAUGGUGCAUGGACAUUAUUGGAAGUUUAGAGUUACGAUUCUUCAUGGGGAAUUAAAUUAAUCAUUUUAGAAUGUUGAAUGAAUAUUAAUAGAGAAACUAAGACACCUUUACGCAGUUUAAAAUUCUAUGUCCAUGGCUUGGAAGUAAAUCUGCGUACUGUAAAUUAGAUAAAUUUGUCAAUUCAGUUUUAAUUUGCCAAUAUGUCUGAUCUGUUCUGAUCUCCAAUUAAUUCUAGCCAAAUUAAAGCUACAUUGCCAUGGCGAUUUCAUUAGAUGCCAGUGGUAUGUAACACACUGAAUUAUAUUUAGAGGUUGUGUCACUAUUUCAUGAAAUAUGCCUGAGUUUUGCCAAUGCCAACCUUGGGAGGUUCGAUAUUUGGGCAAGAACAAAGGCAUAUUUUAC